GUCACCUUCUCUUCACUCUGUGUACGACUGACGGUGUGAUUUAGUGUUGUAACGAUGAUGUGGGAACAUCCUCCUGUAAGAGCCAUAAAAGUCCCAAAAAAGGUCAUUCGUCCCUCCAUUUCUUCCUCUGGCUCUUUAUGAAUGAAACAGUCUUUGUUGCAGAAAAAAAAAACGGAAGAAAGUUAAAAGAAGAAGCUUCAAAUUUCCUGGAUUUCUACACUUUCCCUUGUUUGGUCACACAGGUUUUUCCCCUCUAACCUGGAUCUGUUUUUAAAAGCAGAACUGAAAAUGAAUCCUGACCCUGCUUUGUUAGACAGCAACACAAUGACCCCAGAGUCAAACUUCACCACAGUUUUAAACUUUACCACCCCAGUUCCUGACAGAGGCUGCCCACCGGUCGGCAUCCAGCUGGAGGGCUUGAUCCUGCCCCCAGUUAUCACCAUUGAUGUCAUACUGGGGCUGCUGGGAAACAUAGUGGCCUUGUGGAUCUUCUUGUUCAAGCUGAAGGCCUGGAACCCCAACAACCUGUUCCUCUUUAACCUGGUCAUCGCAGACUUCCUGGUUCUGGUGAGCCUGCCGCUGAGGAUUGAUGCCUUGCUCAGAGGCUACUGGGUGUUUGGAGACGGCCUGUGCCGGAUCAACCUCUUCCUCAUGUUUACUAAUCGCACGGCCAGCAUUGCACUGAUGACGGUGGUGGCAGUUUAUCGUUACUUUAAGGUGGUCCACCCUCAUCACCACUUCAACUGUAUGACCAAGCGGCAGGCUGCGGUGGUGUCCGUGUUCGUGUGGUUGCUGGUGAUCAGUCCACGGGUUCCCCUGCUGGCUUACAGCCACAUCAAGGGCAGCAGUGACAAAUCCCAGUGCUUCUUUUUCACUUCUUACAAAGAGGCGUCCCACGGCAUCAUCAUCCUGGUGGCCAUGCACCGCAUCCUGACCGUGCUGGAGUUCAUCCUCCCCUUGGCCUUGCUGCUGUUCUGCUCCAUCCGAAUCUCCAGAUUCCUGAAGAAACGGCAGAUGGGAAAACCUGAAAAAGUCCGCAAGGCGAUGCGAAUGUGCACCGCCAUCGUUGCGGUGUUCAUGGUCUGCUUCCUGCCCACCACAGUGACAACCAUCGGGGUGUGGGUAAUUCGCUCAUACCGCCCAUGGGACUGCACCGCCUUCUACACCUUCACCCAGCUCAGCAUCGUGUCUUUGGGUCUGAACUUCCUGAACUCCGCUCUGGACCCCAUCGUCUACGUCUUCUCCAGCUCCAUGUUCAGGAAGGCCCUGCUGGCGGCGCUGCCCCGCUGGCUGCUCUGCAGACGGGAUGAAGGCGGGAACGCGGCAUCAUCAUCAUCGUCGUCAGGAACUAAGUCCACCGAUGAGCAGGAACUCAAAUCCAUGAAGCCUGACAGAAGCAGUGAGGCCACCUAAACAGCAGCUGAGAAACAGGUUUUAUCCUGUUCACAUUAACGUUGUUUCUCAUUUUUAAGUCUUUGUUGUUUAUGCUGUUAAAACAAAAUGUCACUUGAAUAAAACUGAACAAUGAUGAAUUUACGCCAAUAAACUGUACAAUCAAAUCAGUUUUUAUGUCUAUCACUGUUCUUCUCUGGCCAUGUUUACAUUUUUAUUAAUACAAUCCAGAUCAGAGUAAAAAUGCUUUAUUUAAACUAGUGUUUAUUAACAGAAAACAUGGGGGGAGCUGGGAGCUGUAUUUUUGAAAGAGGGGCCUUAGCAACCAAUUGUUGGAGUUUGAUACUUGACCUCUAUGGACCAAUCAAACCACUAAACCUGCUUUCUGGAACAUCCCCCAGGACUGGACUUGGACACCCUGCUCUAUGUGAUGAAGGAUAAGAUGCACCACCCAGCAGACAAACUGGUAACUACACCUGCUGCUUCACUGGAAGAGCUGAGACUGGAGAGAGGUCUGGAGGUUGUUGGGAUGAUGGUCAAAGACCAAAAAGCUGAUUGUUGAUUUCAGGAUAAAUAAUCAGCAUCAGAUGUAGAUGAUUUGUUUUGAUAUGUCUGAAGAAGAAUA